AACGGCGCUGAGCACCACCUCAGCCCCUGCGAAUGCGUCCCUCAGCCUCCGCUGGUCCAGAAACGUCGUUGCUUGUCUGCGGUGGAGCCCAGCGCACCUUCGGCGGAAGACUGGGAGGCCAUGGAAGAGGAGGACGGCGACGAUCGAUUCCUGCGUGUGCAAAUGCGCAGGCCGGGUGUCCUGAGGGGGUCUGCUCAGAUGUACGACUGCUUCCGAAGGCACAGCUGGGAGCCAGGGAAAGUCCUGGAAGAGGACCCAGGUUUUGAUCAGCGAAGCAUGAGUUUGAAGGGCCUAGACCCUGAUGCCAUCGACUCCUCUUCCACGGACCAACUGGAUGGUCUUCCCCUUGGCAGAAGGGACCCCCGGCGUGACCCCAUCAUCCAUAGCAAUGAUGAGAUGGAGUCCCUCCUUUCUCAGGAUGAAGAGGAUGAGGAAGAUGACCGGGAAGUGUCUCGGGAACACUCCCAGCGGAUACGGGCCUAUCAUGCGUCUCCAAGCUCUGUCUGCAGUUCUCUGUCCAAGUCUGUUUCCAUGAGUGGCGUUGACAACUACCUGGAUGCAGACGAAAUUUCCCUUUAUUCUGACGUGGUGGAACUGGCCAACGGGUGA